CUUGUCGCAACAGCAUUAAUACUCCUCACUGCUGUCGCUCACUCUCGUGCUCGCAUAGAUGUCACGCGGCGACACGAUGAACGUCGACAAGGAGAACACAGUCCCAGUUGGCAUGCAAGCGGAGGGCAAGGGCAAAACUACUCCAGGCAGACUGACGCCGGGAAGAUUGCGCAGAAAGACGGAAGCUCAGUACUUUGAUGUUGGCAAAGUUGGGAGGAAAACUGGUCUUGUACUGCCUGACAAGGGUGUACGCGAUGAGUAUGGCCUGGAACCUGUCUCCGGCAUCUUCUCUUCGCCAAUCGCUUCGCCUGCACGCGCAUUCAGCGACACCAACGCGAGCAGCGACAUACCUAUGCAAGAAAGCUCUGGACCAGAUGUCAGCGAAACAUUGCAUAUGCGCAAGACGCCGAAGCUGCCUCUACCGCGCGCAGCAACGCCCAAGCAUACGAAAAUUGGCAGUCCGAAGCGAGGGUCUACUGGUCGUCAACAGCCACACACGACUGGUAGACCGCUGCAGCCACUUGAUGAGAACGCGGCGAGUCCAGUGCGGAAUCUGUCUAGGACACAGCCUCCAGCGAACCGGAUGCUGGACUUUGCGGCAGCGGGCGCUGUGCGCAAAAGCAUCGAGAGUCUGAGCCCGUUCAAGCCGAAGCGCGCGUUAAGGCGGUCAAGUGCGAUGAAGCCCGAUCCGUUUGCUUCGCCAGAAACGAAUACAGCGAUGAAGGCGCGUUCGCCGACAAACGCAAGCCCAAUAACGGAGCAAGCAGAGGCAAUAGAACCCGAGUCUGAGUCUAUCGUCGAUGAGGGCCCGCUGAUGUUGGAGGACGACGUGUAUGAUCCGUUGCCACGUUCAACAACGGCCGAAGUGGAAGAGACGCUGGACUCGUUCGUCAGCGACUUACCGAGCGCGGUCCAAAAAGCACAGAAUGAGACUGGAACUUUCGGGCGCAAUGCACAGCAAGCACGCAGCUCCUCGGUCGCUGCUCCAACACCAAGCAAGAAGCGGGACAGUACAGUACUAGAGGCAACGGAGUACGACGACCAUGCGCCCACAGUCCAGGAUCUGGAGGAAGGAGUUCCUGCAAGCCCAGCACCGCCCAAGCGUCGCAAGAGUGACCCCCAGGCAAGGGAGCACAAUGAAGCCAUUGAUCCAGCGCUACUCGAGGACCAGAGUGACCGUUUCGCGCCUUCAGUGGAGUAUGACGAGCCGAACGAGCGAUCGCAGGGAAAGCCAAAGCCAAAGCCAAAAGCGAGCCGCAAGACUGCACCUCCAAGCCGCCGUGCACGCGCUACUACUAGUCCAGCCAAGUCAAGGAAACGGGCAAAGUCAGACGAAGCUGCCAGCCAGAAGCGCGGCGCAAGCAUCGGCCCAGCCAACAACAUGUCUUUCCGUGCCACCACACCAUUUGACGAUGCUGUCGGAACGACACGCUCAGGUCGCAACGUUAUCAAGCCGCUGCAGUACUGGGCGAACGAGACGCGCAUUUGGAAACAUGGCGAGUGCGAGGGCAUCAUUCGCGCCGAGUCUACAGAGUCCCCUUCGAAGAAGAGAAAGCGGGGAGGCGGUAAGAAGAACAACAACCGUCUCGCUCGCCUUGAGGCCCGUAUUAGCAAGCUGGAGCAUAUUGAGGAAGAAGACGAGGAGGAUGCGGAAAGGGACGAGACUGCUUCGCUAUGCGCGGACGAGUGGGAAGAGAAUGUCGGAGUCAUUGCCGGGCCAGUGGCGAGCUGGGACAGCAAGCGACAAACCGGUGAUCCCACUGACCCAGUCAGAGAAGACCUCGCCUUCGCCGCACCAAGCAUCAUCACGCGCGAAGUCCCCAACUCCGACUUCAAGUACGCCAAGAUCAUGACCCUUCCCUUCUUCGGCGCAGGAGUCGUCGAGCUCCCACCGGAAGGCUUCAAGCGAGCCAAGAAUAGCCGCAAGAUGCAGAUGUGUUUCUUCGUGCAUGAGGGCAAGGUCUUGGUUGAGAUUGGCGGUGGAGAGGGAAUGGAGGUGAAUGCCUUUGCGAUCGCGAAGGGUGGCGUUUGGGUUGUGCCAAGAGGCAACAAUUACGCGAUUACGAACGAGAGUCGGACCAAGUCUGCGCGGAUAUUCUUCGCGCAAGGUUGCGAGGUCGACGGUCCGGCUGGCGUCGAGUAACGGAUUGCUGGAUGAUACCCGAAAUGCAUUGGAGGGAUUUGUCACUGCGAUUGACUUUUGCCCAAGGGUUGUGAUUUCGGCUUACUUGUAGCGAUCAAUGUGUUGACACGGCUUUGACGCUGCUGGUUGAGUGCUCUGUAGCGCUGUGCUUGCACUGGUGUAUCGUCACCAUGCGCUUGUAUGUGGCAAUGCC